UCGUCGCGUACGCACGCAUUCGACGGAUGUGCAACGCAACGUAAAACAAGGCAAAGUGUGGAAAGCAAAAAAAAAAAUAUUAAAUAAAUUGUGAAUUGUGAAUUGUUGCGUUGCUGCUUUUUCCUCCUUCCCUCCAGCAUUAACUGGGGCUUCUAUAAUUCAUAAAACGCUUAACAAUGCAUUGCUAUGAGUAUUGAUUGUGUCGUGCUCAAACAAAACAAAUCUUCUGCAGAUGCCUAGGUGUGUGCAAAUCGAAUGAAUACAUACACACACAACUGGAUUUAGAGCGAUUUAAUGCGAAGAAAGCAAUUUGUGUCGCGGCAGCGGGCAGGUGAGCGCGGUUAACGCGGAUAGUGCCGUCGACAGCAGACAAUGCCGUAGAAGAUGUGUGUGUAUGUGGCAAUGAAAAAGUGCUGUGCUCCUACCCACUGCUGCAGUGUAUUGGUUACGCCGAAAAGCAUGCAACAGAUCCUUGAAAGCAUAUUAAAAAAUUGUUGCACGCACGCAAACACAUAACUAAAGCAACAACAGUGCUUAGCGCAGUGUCUGAGCGUACGUGUGUGUUAGUGUGUAUCCAUCAGCAUUGCUAACUCUUUUGUGGCUUUGAAGUCAAGAAUCAUAAAUACCAAUCCGACUGGAUAUCGAUGGCGUACAAGGAGCACCAUAAACUGCGUAAAUUCUAAUUUGUUCGAAACGAAAAAGUUAGCUCAGUUCAUACCAUAAGCAAUGAUAACCCAUACAUAGACACAUGUAUGCGUAAAUAUAUCAAACAAAUUGACAGAAGAGACGUCAACUAAUUAAGAACGAAAACGAGUUGUCCUUAUUUAAGCGAACGUUAACUGAAACCCAUAACAACAGCAAGAACAACAAUCAAAAGUAAUUGUAAUUACAACAGAGAACAUAACCUGAAGAGCGGGUUGAAGUCGAUGUGAUGCCUACGCGACGGUCGGGCGGCGCCACUGUGCGACGCAAGCACUCAAUUGGAAAUUUGCGUCGCGCUCAUCCCGCCUCGGGUGCCACAUGGAAUGUGCAAGUGGUACGUGGUAAAAUGUCAUCUAAGUGCCUUUGGCAUGCUUGUCGCGCACUUGUGCUGGGUCUGACGCUGAUGCUGCUCGGCGCCGGUAUGGCUACGAUAGGUUAUUAUGCGGACCACCUUUCUACGAACUCUGAGCUGCGUGGUAAUGCGACAGUGAGAGUCAAGAAUGACUUGAAGGGCUUCCAUCUCAACAACCUCUCUUACGUCGGACCGAUUGUAAUGGGUUUCGGAGGUUUCAUUGUCGUUGCUUCGUGCGUUAUGACAUUUGAGGCGCGUGACUCGGCGGCAAAAGUGGUGCCAGCGCGUUUUCGUGCCGGUGCCAGUGGCAGCAAGACAACGGUGCGUAGUAAUCAGAGCAGCGCAACUUCACAGCGACGCGCCGUUGGCAUACAAUUGCAGUCCUCGCGCUGGGAUCAACAGUUUGGUGUGUUUCGCACAUCCCCAGCUGAGCCGCCACCGCAGACCACACCGCAGCCCUUCGAUCGUGACGCGCUUACCGCGGAGCUAGUCAAAUUUUCAAAAUCGCUCAGCGCAUCCGCUCGCUUUUCUCCACAACUACGACGCCUCACCCACACUGGUUCUGUGCCAAAUCUCUCCACACAUGUCCCCCACCCCAUCGCUUACUCCACUAACCUCUCACAUUUGCUUUCGCCGAAUCACAAACCACUUUUGUUGUUGGAACAAAAACGUCACCAUCGCCACCAUCAUCGGCACCACCACCACCAUCGCCAAACACCUACGAGCAGCAGUGGACGACAAGUGAAGUCGCGCGGACCACGAAUCAGCAAUAGUUUGGUGCAACGCAACACUCGCGAAAAUGGUGGCCCUUGCGCGUUGCUCCAGCCACCAGGCACAAACAAGCUCUACUGGCAUGCGGCCUCUUUCGACGACGGCCUUCGUGGGGAUAAGCAUCUUUCAAGAGCCACGGUGGCUGACAUGUCUCGCCGCUCUGAUACGGCCAAACGUCAUGUGUUGGCACGGCAGAAGCCGAUUGAGCAUGAAGAGGACAAAAGCAGCCCUCUGGGCAAUCGCAGAAGUUCUACUAUGUCAGACUCAUCGUACAGUGGCCGCUGGACGGCACGUUGCGCUUCCAUGGCAAGUCGCGCAUCAAGUAUCGAUUCACGACGUAUUCAAGUAGAUCUGCAUAGCCCCGAGGUAUUGCCGAAAUCCAUACUGCGUUCACCGAAGCGCUACAGCUCUGGACCAUCUGCCACUCCGUCGGUUGAAAAAGAGUUCAGAAGCCAGCUAAGUGUCUGCUCAGAACCACCCGCUCCCAUACACCAGCUUUCUGGUCAAUCGAGCUUAGAACCUUGUUUCCCCGAAGAACUCAUAGAUAACACGGAAGAAAAACCAUGUACCAACAUUAAUGGGGUCGCAUUGUCACCAGAUGCACUAAACGUGGCCAUACAAACCAUAUCCAUGACAACCCCAAACCAUGUAGAAGAACUACCACCACCACAGCCACCCAAGAAAUUAAAUAGCAUUCUAAAGAAACCACGCCCCGACACACUUUGCCUCGCAACCAAUACAAAAUCCGCCGUAGUAAGUGAGAUCAAUAAAUCUCUUUGCCGCAGCAACUCCUCGCGCACUUUCUAUAGACCCAAACCACAACUGCCCAACGAACUGGACGACAGCAUCUUCUACAUACGUUCCUCUAGCGAACGACAAAGCAUCGAUAGUAACGAGCUCUACGAUUCAGUGCAAGUUAUAAAUGAAAGACGAACAACGCUGCUGAGAGCGGAGAGUGAAGCUGCGCUCUAUAAUGUGAAAAAAGCGAGCAGUUUCUCACUGCUAGCCGAGAUACCAGAACGUGCACAAAACAACUCGGUAGAUGUGGAAGAGAAUACGCCCAGCGAGCCGGCAAAGGAUCCGCAGCCGAAAAAUGAGACCACCGUGGAAAUCGAAAGUGAAUCAACACGACCACCGACAAGUGAGAUCACGUAAUGGAGUGAUCGAAGUGUUAUACGUAUAUAAAUCAAAUACUGACAAGUGUCAGCGUUCUUGCGUUCAGGAAACAUUAGAAGUUUUGUAGAAACCUCUAGGAAAUAGUAUAUUUUAUACCAAAAGCACAGAAGACAUAUUUUGUAGACAAAUAUUUCGGUACUAGUAUAUGUAUGUAGCUAUGUUCGUAGGUAAGUAUACAGUUAGAUCAGUUCGUUUUACAUAUUUAGUGAGUUUCUGAAAAAAAUUUGAGAACCACUAUAAAAUCGAUUCAAUAAAAAGCCGGCUGGCAGAAUUUAUGCAUAGGUAGUGGCUCAAUCAAGAGGAUAUCUGUAUUAUUUAUCUUUAUUUUAUAAAUAUUAUACUUUAUUGGUUAACUUGCAAAUAUAGAGAUAGUGAUAUAUAGCGCUCUCUCUUCCACUAAAUACUCAAUUAAUGAGAGCGUCAAGCAAUAAACACUAGAUCUACGAACUUGUUACGAAACAAUUAUUUACCGAUGUUGUUGUUAUUUAAAAUAUUGUUGAUGUUAAAUGUCUGUCUUAUGCAUAGUUAAGUUAGCAAUUAUUAGACGUUUCUACGGAACAAUAAAAAAUAACUAUCAAUAACUUAAGUAUUGUAGAGCAAACUCACGCAAUAGCAGAAUCGCGUAGAAUAGACACGAACGGUGAAGUUAUCUUGCAGAUCCGAUGAAACUAAGUUUUAUUUCGAAAUCUAUUAAAUUUCUAAAGAAAUAUUUUGAUGUUUGAGUUGUAUGAGGAAAAACAUAUUUUCAUAUCAUGAAUUAUUUCCUUUAAAAACGUCAAGUCGUUUAAAAUAAUUCAAAUAUAUGUAUAUAUCUGUCUUAAACGAGCUUCCACAAAGUAUUAAAUAUAAACAUCUAUAACUAUAUAAUCGCAUGUGUUCGAACUAGUAGUAUCUAAUUAACUGAGUCUGCAUAUCUUUUUGUGAUUAAAAAAUAAUUUCCGUCAAUUUGCUCAAACAACUACGAAAACGAAACGAAUCUUUCAAAACAUCAAGUCAUUUUCUUAACGAAUUCUAUAUUAAUAGCUUACUGUGUUUUUCAAUAUGUUUACUGGUGCUUAAACAAAUAGGUCUUCCCUACACCAAAUCUAGUUAAUUAAUUCCAAUCGCAAUUUAUGGCAAACCAACUUAAAUUACUCAACGAAUUGCCGUGUUGUGUAAUGUAAUUUUUUUUCUAAAAAAUAUUUUUUCGAUUAAAAUUCUAUAAAAUAACAUAUUUUUAAAUUAUAAUACAGCUGCUCCAAAAUAAGAAAUCAGAUGAAGUAAACCUCGUUUAAUUACACCAACGAUUAGGUAGAAAAUGUGGCCUAUAAAGGAGUUAUCUUAUAUCGUUAAUGCAUAUCAUUUAUGUAUUUAUAUGGAACAGACUUCGACUAUCCUUCAAAAAAUCAUUCACGUCGAAUUAUAUUUUGAAAUCUAACUAAAAUACAUUUUUGUUAAGAUUACCACACUUAUAUUGAAGACUGAUGUGAAUAAUGAACACCGUUAGCAAGUAAUUGCAAUAGAAACAAGUACUGUCAACUGAAAACUGAUAUGAAAAGAAUGUCUGGUAUGAAUUCAUGAAAAAACACAAUUUUAUAAAUUUACAACAGGUGAUCCAUUUCGAGGUCCCCUACUUUUUUAAUAAAAAAACACAGAAACUUCAAAUUUAAUGGGGAAUGUUUAUUAUCAUUCGAAAGAACAUUCCUUGGCAUUUAUUUUUUGAAGAUUAUCUCUUUCAAAUGUCUCAGAUGGUCCAUUCGUUGAGUUCAAUAUUCGAUGACUUGUUCGAGCAUUUCGACUGGUAACUGACGAAUGACACGCGUGAUGUUUUGCUCCAAGGCGGCAUUGUCGGCAUAGACUUUAUCUUUACAUAUCCCCACAAGCAAAAGUCUAACGGUGUGAUAUCACACGAUCUUGGUGGCCAAUCGACCGGCCCAAAACGCGAAAUUAUCUGUUCACCGAAUUGUUCUCUCAAAAAAACCAUUGAUUUAUGCGAUGUGUGGGAAGUGGCACCGUCGUGUUGAAACCAAAUGUAGCCGAGAUCACGAGCUUCAAUUUCAUUCAUCGAAUAGUCGGUAUCAUGGCGCUAUAAUGGUCGUCAUUGACGGUUAUGUUCUCACCGGCGAUGAUGGCGUACACUUUAAAAAAUAGUUUUUACUUAUUAUAAAUUUAUACUUUUUGAUUUACCGCUGAGUGGUCAAUUAUGUUAACAUUGUCAAAAUCCUAUCAAAUGCAUUAUAUAAAUAAUAAUAUGUGACCUGGUCUACGAAAAGGGGGCUAACGUGCGAAAACUAGUUUUCUGGGAAAAGCUGUUAAAAAUAAUCGUCAGUUUCUCGUUAUCUCAUUAAUUGUUCUCCUUUUUUUUUGACACCUAAGCCCCCUUUUCGUAGACCAAGUCACAUAUAUUAUUUUCCUAAGAGUAUUCUCAACAACCGUAGAUACCGAAUAAUCUAAUUCUUCGAACUGUAUUGAUUGCGUUCGUGUUCUUAACCACUGUACAUGAAUGUGAUGAAGGUCCGAAAUUGAUAGGUAAUACAUAUUAAUCUUACUGACGUAACUGAUUAUUCAAACUGACAAAAGAGCAGCUUGUUUAGUUACUUGGACUGAAGCGUUCUAAAAGAACCAUUGGCUAUUUUUUCCAAAAAGUGUAGAGAGAAUUUCGCUAAAUGUUACACAUAGCACAGGGUAAUUUUUUAUAUUUUUCUUAUUUAUAAAACUACAAAUCUACAGUGUUUUGUUGCCGUAGAUGAAAGAUCGAUUUUGGAUAUAUACAUAUCACAGUUCAUGAAACAAUCAAUUGUUUCCUAAGAUUUGCUCUGUAAGUGUAUUAUAUUUUAAUAAAACGUGUCUUUCUUUUAACAUUUUCAAUUAUUUGACGAUCUCAGCAACCCUGAUACCAACCUCUAUCACUUUUAGAACCUGGUUGAACCUCCGUCCCUCCUUCUUCACUAUAAUUUUUAAAAUUAGCCGAAAAUUGAUGCAAAUGAUUACGGAUGUAAUGGAAGUUGAUACUAGAGUCUGUCAGUUUGCCAGCAUAGUUUGCACAAUUUCUUCAAAAUUUACCUGGAAAUUUUUGACUAUCAACACAGAAUUUUUCAACGAUUCACUUUCAGAAAAGUCAUUUUGUAGUAUCAAUAUUGUAGUAUCAGUAUUCAUGUUUUUCAUACUAAAUUCGGAAAUUUUCUACCAAUGUCACAUUAACCUUCAAAGUCCAACGCUUUGACAAAUUGCUUUAUCCUUCCCAACUUGAUCACGUAUUAUAUCACUGAGUUCAUUUUGAAAAAAUAACUUUUGUAUAGAUCUUUCACCCUUUCCACACAUUUGGGUAUUUGGCGGCAUUAUUGUUUCUGAGUGAUUCAUGCGGAUUCCUUUUGAAAUGAAAGCGAAAUUUUCUUGGAAUAAAACAGGCCUGUAAUUCUAAAUAUACCCACGUUUGAUUUUUAGUAAAACCUUUAGACUCUCUGAAACUAUCUACAGAGUAAGGGCGCAAACACCUAAUUAUGACUGGAAAACUGAAUUUAUAUUACCAGCAAGCCUACAAUUAGCAAAAUAUCAGAAAUGCAAUUAUUUUAAGAACAAGAGCAUACAAUUAUUCCAGAUUUUUCAGAACAAAAUCGUAAUCUGGACGAUUAAAAGCAUCAAAAUUUGC